GCACGAUAUAUAUUGCAGCUGUUGAAUUACUGCUGGUCUCUCUGGAUUAUAAUAAACUUAUUGUACGUUGUUUUGGUAUUGCACGGCGAGCUUUUUACCUGUGAUCGACUGGACCAAAUCUGCACCUUGCUGCUGUAGUCGCUACUGGUAUCAUAUAUCGUGAUGAAUUUGGCUCUGUAGUAGCAUAUGUAGAGCAGCAGGAUUGCUGCAAUAGAGGAAACGUUGGUUAAUCGACGCCUCCACCGUGCAUUGGAAGUGCCGGUCAGGCGGACUGACGUUCAGCAGGGCACCUGUAUUGAGAAAAUAAGCAUGGACGACGCCGUUGACGCAAGGCGAGCCAGAUUGUCAAACAUGAAGUCGUUCUUUGGAGGCAAGGCAUGCACAAGGGAGGCCUGCGCGAUCCGCAGCCUAAGGCCUGAAGCGCCGUCUGCUGCCCCCAGCAAAGCUCCUGGUGUGCAGAGGAAGGCAGCUGGCAGCAGCACAGCCGGCAGCAAGACAGCCACCAAAGGCACUCAGCCUAGAAAGGCUGCCCCGGCUGCGCAGAAGCGGCGCCGCAGCCAUUAUGCAGACUUCAGCGAACUCGACGACGAUACCCCUGGGCCCAGCGCGCCUUCCACCCGCAUUCCCACAGCGGGCGAGCGUGCUCUGGCGGCAGUGGAAGCCGUGGAGCGAAUGCGGCAGCAGAAGUCCGGCGCGCGGCCGCAGCCGGCUCCCUCGCCGCAGACGGCGCGUUACGGCGGCGGGCCGCCCGCGGCUGCCGCGGCAGCCGGCAACGGCCGGCCAUCUUCUCGGCCGGCGGCGGCGGCGCAGAAAACGAAGGUGGUGCAUUCGCGGUCAAAGUUCGGUGCUGGAGCCCGCGGAGAUGCUCUCCCUCCACAGGAGAGGAUGAAGGGGCUGACAGAACGGCAGAAGGCCGACAUGGUAAUGCAGAGGAUGCAGGCCAGCAGCAUCAGCAGGCAAAAGGCAUCUCAGACCUCCUCAUCCACAGUCAGCAAGCAGCACCGACCAUCACCUCUACCUAGCAGUGGUGUGCAACGUCCACUGCCCAGCAAUGGGCGGCCGGGCAGCGCCGACGGACAGCCGCCGCGGCUGAAGAGGGGCAGGGAGCCAGAUUUGGACAAUGACUACGACAGCGAUUUUGUGGCGAGCGACGACGAUGUCGGUGAGGACUGGCACUCAGCGCUGCGCAGCCUCACCGGCUACGACCCGCGCAAGUUCAACCCUGCAGACGACAGAGAUGACAGGCGGAUGGUGGCGAGCAAAAGGGAGAUAGAGGCAGAGGAGCGGCGGUCUAAGCGGCUGGGGGUAGAGGAAGAUCGCGCAGAGGAAGCACGCGAAGCGCAGCGCGCAUCACUGAAAGCAGCUCGCAAGGAGAAGGCUGGCCGCGCCAGAAAAGGCGCAGCUGCAUUCCUGGACGACUGAUUGGCUGCAGUAUAUGCAUGCUUUGAGAUUUCUCAGGAGGAAGGUGUACUGUGGCUCCGUUUAAAAAAUGGCUGCAUGCAUGUUUGGCAGGAGACUGGCAUUGCUGACAUGCAUCGUUUGCCGGUCUCUCAUUCCAAAUUGUGAACUGUGGACAAUGUCCUCGCAGUUGCUUCUAAGAGACACUGAUGUUGACAGCAAUGCUUGGCAUUAGAACAUAGCUGGUCAAGAGCACACUGUUGAUCAAGGGUUUUUGCAUCAAGAGCAUGCCUCCCACCAACACCAGAUUCUAGCUCCACUGUGUUGUCAGACGAUGCGAUUGGCCUGAUAGAUUACGUGACGAAGUAAUAUCAAUUCGGAACUUUCAAGAUUUACAAAUCUCGGCUGAGCCGGCUCGCUAUGUUCGGAGAUUUAUUUCCUGCGUGUAUCUAUCGAAAAUGACGAGGCAGAGCAUUUUCAAGUCUUUCCGAAAACAGCUGUUUGGGAGAAGGCAAAAAUCUGAGAGUACUGAGAGGUGUAGCGGUUGGGAAACAUUG